UUAUCUGUUUUGUGUUAAUAAAAAUUAUUUUGAAACUUAAAUAUCCAAAUUAUUUAAACGAAAAGUUUAACUUCUUAUGUAAUUAUUUUAUGCACAAGUAAAUUUAUUAUUUGUAAAUAAUUAAAUUUUGUAGUUAUUUCCUAAAUAUUCGAAUUAAUUAUUAUUUAAUUUGUUAUACAUAACUUAUUAGAGAGAAGACAAAGGUAUUUACGGUAAUGCAUAUUUUUGUUUUUACAUAUCUGUAUUAAAAAAUAUUUAAAAGAUAUUGUAGUAUUUUUUAGAUGAAAACCGCUGGAUAAUAACCAUAGUUAGAUGUAAAAGCGGUCCAAGGCAUAAACUCUUGGACAAAUCCGCAAAUCAUCAUUAUUAAUAUAUAUUUUUUUUAAAACGCAAAUGAACAACUUUUGUGUGAUUGGUAACUUUAGUGUGGUUUUAAGAAAAAGGUAUUGAAAACCGCCUUUUGAAUGUUUCCAUUCACACCCUAUAUGUGAGAUAAUAGAAUAUAAAAAGAGAGUAGAUGCCAAUAAAUAACAAGUACAUUCUAGAAAAUAGCAAGAAUUAGCAAUGCAAAAAUAUUUAAAAAAUAUCUUUUAUAAAUCGUUUAAAACAAUAAAUUGACGUCUGUAUAGAUUAAUAUUUUUAGUUUUGAAUGUUUAUAGUUAUAUUCAAUAAUUCACAUUGAAAACAGAAAAGUUUACAGUUUCGUGCAACCGGCGGUUAUAAAUCUAGUAACUAAUAAUAAAACAAGUUUCGACAACCGAAACAAAGGAACUUAACCGUGGACUACAAACAAACUUUGAUGUUGGGCCAUUAAUGUUUACAAAUUUGAAAGCAAUACGUCUACGAACCAGAAAACCACGAAGGCCCUGUUCUUUUUAAAGUCGCUAUAUGAGUGAUUGCGACGACCAAAACGACAUUGAGGAUAGCAAUUAAAAAGUAAAACGACAACGGAAAAGCAAGAUAACGAUGCAGAUAUUUCUUUUUAAGAAAAAGUGUUGUUGGGGUGAAAGAAGAGUCGUCGGAAUUUCUAGCGAGCGCUGUGACAGGUUAUUUCAACAGUACGACAACUCUCGGCGGCUCUUUUCACAAUGGCAGCGACAAUUACGAUUCCAUUUGUGUUUAUUGUUUCUGUCGCAGUCGCUAAUCCAGCAACUUAAAAAUGAACAGGGCCGAAGUGCACUUCUUUUAAAAGCUGCCAUACACCAGGAGAGUUACUGGCCUCGGAAAUGUCAAGAGAUUUUGUAAAGUGGAAACAAUUGUUAGUUUGUUACUUUUUUUUUUGCUUUUUUAAUGUGGUUGUGUGAUAUGAGAAAGGUAGUGCAAAGCAUUUCAUAUGCGGAAGUUUCCAUUAGACUAGUUUAGUAAAGAAAAUUUUUGCAAUUAUAUUUAAUAGUUCACAAGGAUUAGAAAUCUUUGCAUAUUUAAUCGUGCAGAUUCGUUGGCACGCCAAACGCGUACAUCUCCGCACAAUGUUAUGUAUGUAAACAAUUUUUCCACCAAUUAGCUCGUUUGAGCUAAUUCUUUUGUAGUCAAAAAGAAAAAAAUAUAUAUUAUCUUACCGAAAGUUAUUUAUAUAAGAAAAGGCACUUUGUGGGCAAUAGGGUAAGAAGUGUUUUUUCCUUAUAACUACAAAAAAAAAAAAGCAAAUAUCAAUCAUAAAAAAGAGGGUGUAAGGUUGAAAGUUAAAAAAAAAACCCCUAAUUUCUCCUACGCACUUGAAAACAAUGAAAAUGAUGUCUGAUCUUACACAGGAUUUGGUAGAGGAGAUAUUGUCUAGGGUUCCCAAAACUUCUCUGGGAACACUGAGAUCAACUUGCAAAGGAUGGAAUGCUUUAUCUAAAGAUCGGAUUCUAUGUAAUAUAGAACCAAAGCAUCAGUUUCUAGGGUUCAUAGUGAAGGAUUUUUGGCUUUGUUCAAGGAGGUUCAAUCUCCAUGGAAUCCUCAACGAAGACGGUGAAGAAUCGGUUGACCAGUCAAUAAAGGAGAUUGGUAUUUUACAUGAUAACCGCGUUGAGAUAUCUCUAGUAUGUCAUUGUGAUGGCUUAUUGUUAUGCGUCACAAGAGACAAGUCAAGGGUCAUGGUUUGGAACCCGUAUUUAGGACAAAACAGAUGGAUAAAAACCAAAAACACAACAGACGAAACCAGGUAUGCUCUUGGCUGCGACAACAACAAGAAUCACAAGAUAUUGAGGUUUUCCCAGAACUACAAUGAAAUUUACGAUAUUAAGUCUGACUCAUGGAGGGUAUUAAAUAUCAUUACCAACCGGGAUAGUUUAUUGUUUUCCCCUGGCACAACGUUAAAUGGAAAUACUUACUUUUGGAUUAUGAAAAAUCUAGUUGUGAAAGAUUCUGAUUUAGAUGAAGAGAGAGAUUUUUUAAUCUGUUUUGAUUUUACGACAGAGAGAUUUGGACAGCUUCUGUCUCUGCCGUCUCAGAAUAUUGAUGAUGAUUGUGGAAUUUUGUCUUGUGUCAAAGAAGAGAAACUCGCUGUGUUGUAUCAAAUUGUUGAUACAUCUACGGUAGAGUUAGAGAUUUGGAUUACUACUAAGAUAGAGCCUAAUGCCGUGUCGUGGAUCCCUUUCUUAGUUUAUAUUAUUGGGCCGUCCUUUGGUGAUGAACUUCUGUUUGAUGAAGAUUGCAGUUUCUUCAUUGACGAGGCGAAGAAACUCGGGUAGUUUUCGGAGACAACGAAACAGCUACUUCUUACAUCAUUGGAGAGAAUGGAUACUUGAAAAAAAUGAAUCUUGGAGUUGGAGGAAAAAGAAUUUGUUACCCAUGUAUGUGCUCUUAUUUCCCAAGUUUAGUGCAAACUGCAGGACGCAAAGGGGGAGAGAAUAACAGGAAGAGCAAAAGGAAAGGGAAGAAGAGGGAGGGCGGAGCUAACCAACAUAACUAGGUUUAACACAAAACCAGUCGUAAGGAAACAAGAAGAUGAUGACUAUACACUAAACCAGUCGAGAUUUAAGGAAACAAGAGGACUAGUGAUUCAUAUAUAAUGCGACAAAUAAUUUGGA